AUGUCCGUAUCAGGCGAACAAACAGCGAAGAUUCUGGACAAUGGUUUGGGCAGAGUAUAUCGUUCGUAUUCACUGAACUUGAAACGCGGAGUAAUUGAGGAGGAAGAGUCACGGUUAGGGUUGGUUAGAUGUACGCUUGGAUUAGGGAGGAAAAGGGUUGGGAUUUCAAAUGAGAUGGAGGAAAUCACGCCUGCUACCAAAGCUCCAUUGAUGAAAAGGCAAUGCAGCGAGAGGAUUGUUUUGAUGCUGACGGCUGAUGAUUGCCAUGAAAAAUCUGCUCUCGAAUCACUACCUCAAGAUGUUCUUAUUAGGAUUAUUUGUGGUGUCGAACAUGAAGAUUUGAAGCAACUUUUUAAUGUUUCUAAAUCAAUCAGCGAAGCUACUGUGAUUGCAAAGCAGUCUCAUUUUGCUUAUAGCACACCAAGAAAGGUGAAAGCUUUUCGAACAUCCAUAGACUUGGAGGAAUCAAGUGAAUUGGAGGACAUUGAAGCUCCAAAUGCACCAAAGCAACGGAGGUCUCAUACGUCCAUCAACAGGAAGAAACUUGCUGAUAUUUCAGUGGCACUAUUUGCUUGACACGGA